AUGCUCGCACAGAUGAUGCCCGAGAUUGACGCUGUAUUCACCGACAUUGAACAGUGUGAGAUGAAAACUGAGUGGCUGACUUCGAGCAAGCUGGGCAAGGUCCUGAAACGAGUUCGGGUCCUCGAAGAACGGAAGAUUCCAUUGGAAGCUAAAUACAACAGCAGAGGAAGAGUGUGUGCUCUCCAGGAGAAAUGGAGAGAUCUACUUGGAUCAGAUGAAGAGUUGAGUCAUCGCCCCAAGACUGCUGCUGGAAAUAAUCAAGCCAAGGUGAAUGCUUCAGCCGUUGAGUCUGCUUGCGCCGAAGAUGCCACAAUCGACGAGCCUGAAGCCGAGGCCCCAGAGACGUCUCCCCCUCAAGCCAAUGAUGAUCAGAAUGCUGUCAACGUUCAGUCCAAGCCAAUCGAGGCUGAGCCCAAAACCAACACGAACUCACAAGAUCCAGCGUGA